AUGGAGUUAAGAAUCGAACCAGAUGAACAAGCAAAGCAAACAAUCAAGAUCCUAUCAGAUGAAAUGGUGUCGAUGAGUAGAAAGAUGCCUCCGCCUUCAGGUACAACGCAACUGGAACAAGAGCAGCAGCAACACCAGCAAGACCUCCAGGAUGCACAGAUUUGUGAACUGUGCGAGAUGGGACUGGAGCAAUUGAGCCAGACAAAUGAUGAGGCUUCUAUUGCAGUGGGGAAAACUGUGCCUACUUCAAAAGAAGUGGUGGUUGAUGAACCACAAACUCAACUACAAGGGGCACAGGGACUGGAUCAAUUGAGCCAGACAAAUGAUAGGAAUUCUCUUCCAGUGGGGAAAUCCGUGCCUACUUCAAAAGAAGUGCGGGUUGAUGGAAAACAAACUCAACCAAGAGAACAUGCAACGAAUGUCUCCACGACAGAAAAGAAGAGAUCCCAUCAAGAUUCCACCGGGCGGGAUACAGCUGUGACAUCCACCUAUAGCAAAAGGUCGAGAAGCACUGGUACCAGGAAAAGGAAAGCAUUGAAAGACGCAAGUAUCCCAAGCUUUAACCUGGGUAUCUUCUCCAGUCAGGAAGACAGUUACGAGACAGCCCAAGAGAAGAAAACUCAAGAAGAUGUCACAGUAACGGUUGAUCUGGAUAAAGAUGUGAAUGAGACUAUAGAAGCAGAAGAAUAUCCAGUACCAUCUGCUCUGGACGAAACAAAGAAUCCCAUUCCUUCUAUCGAUGAAAUUAUAACAAGGGCCAGUGCACCAGCUUCAGAGACGUCGAGUGAUACAGAAAAACUAGAGAUCAUUGCAGCUGUUGCAGAACAAGUUGAGAAAAACCCAGAGGUGGUUGAAGCAGUCCCUUUAAGCAUAAUUCCACCCGAUUGGAAUGCUGCUUCUACCACGGAUCGUUUACUCAUGCUGGACAAAAAUGAGUGUACCACGCCACCGCCUGCAAUCUCAAAGGAAGCUGAAGUACUUGAUGAAGGCUUAACAAAGACAGUGGAAAAGAUCCUCAAACAAAAACCUAGGAGGAGAAAUCCACCAAGAAUCCACCGGUUGCCCGAACGGUUCAGGUCGCCGUUCAUGCUGCAGAAGAAAAACAAGAAAAAAUUCAUACAGUUGACAGAGGAGAACAAGAAAAUGACUGAAGAAGAAGCCCUGUUGAUAGACUUCGCUCUCUUGCAGAGACAAGAAGAAAUAGUUAAAUCGGGGAAUUUCUUGUUUCAAUUUGGAAAAAUUGUUUGGGCAGACAGGACAGCAUUCUAUUCCAUGAGGGAAGGCACAUGGAUAGAAAACAGCAUCAUAGAUGCUUGGGCUGUCAUCCUAAACAAAGAAGAAGCUAAAAAAGACUCCCCAAGUCGGAUAUUCUUUGGUGUUUCCGCAUUUGAUAGUAACAAAGAGGAAAUAGAGUUCACGUUCUACGAGAGGUUGGCUCUUGAACUAGAAGAACAAGGACUCAGUGUAGGAUCCCUGAUAGUGGCAAAAGCCAUCUACUUCCCAGUGCACUACAGAGAACAUUACUUCUUGUAUGUGUUGCUGGUUCAAGAGAAGAAAGUCCUCGCAUUCAACAAUCUUCAUGCAAAAGAUCUGGACUACUACAAGCCAACAAAGGAUCUACUUUUUCGGUUCUUUAAAAUGUACAUUCAAUGUGUGUUUCCAAACAUAGAACUGGUCAAUGCUCAGUUGACCUUCACAGAGGUUACGCUACCAUCUCACAACGACAAAAAGCCAAAUGCGGAAGAUUGUGGAAUAUUCACAAUGCACCACAUGGAGAAGUAUGAUGGUGGUGACUACGAGGAUGGUACUACUUUGGAUUUCCACACAGGAAACAUCAAAGAGUACCGGUGGAGAUACAUGUUAAAAAUCCUUAUGCACCCAUCCAACAAAAAUAAGGACAAAAUCCUCAAAGCAAUGCACCAGUUCUACACAAAUACUGCUGAAGAAGAACCAAAAGAAAUUCCAGAUCAUGUUGAUUUGAGCAGCAAAUCUUACUACAAUGACAAAAAAAAUCAGGGAUGCGUUAAAUGA